AUGUCAGAUGCGAGAUAUUUCCAGCUUGGCAGAAAAUGGGGCCGAGGGCUGCUGAGGUGGACGAAAUCUAAAGCAGUGAGUGCAAGGGCUCGCUUGGCACUUCUCAAGAUCUCGGAGAUCUGGUUUGCGACACGUGGCGGUAUUGGAUGGCGAGUACCGGAAGGGGAAACGUCGCUUUCGUGGAUUACCUACUCGCCAAAUAUCUUCCAUGUGGUUGGUACUGGUGGAAGUGGCGGUGGUAACGUGUUAUAUUUUCGUUAG